CUACGGUAUUGGAGGCUCUGUUUCUCGAAGAAUCAACUCCAAGUAUUAGUUACGCGCUGAGGCAGCACAGCCUCGCAACGCCUGCCAUGGCCUUGAAAGAAUUCGCAGAUUCACAGCUUGUUGAAUAUGUCUCUGCUUCCAAGUCCUUACUUUUCCUACGAUAGACAAACGGAAUGUCCGACAGUUUCACAAAACAAAUCGCCCAAAUUACUGCAAACAGACCGACUAAUUACUCAAUCGUCCGAUAAUAGCGACCUAGACCUGGCAGCAUGGCUGCUUCUGAGAGCGAAUCGCAAGACCAAUCUCUCAUUCACCAAGCCAGAUGCCACAAACGAGAAGAUGAUACAGGCUUCUUGAAUAUUUUCAAAGCAUGGUUCUGGUAUCCUCUACAUCUAGCAUGUUGUAUCGGAUUCGUCAUACUUAUGCUGUAUGCGAUAGAUGGUCAAGAUUUUGGGACUGGAUCACCCCCUAGCCUUGGUGACCGAGCACAAGGAUUUGGACUGUACCAGACCGAGGUGAACGGCUUCAUCUCAGUUGCACUGGUUCUGAUGCGCCUUCUUGCAAGUUGCAGCGCAGCCUUGCUCGUCUGGAGACUUAUCUACAUUCUUCUGGAGAAAAGCGGUCUUACCAUUGCAGAGCUCUGUCGACUCGCGAAUCUGAAAGUACCUAUUGUUCCUCGCCUGGAUUCACGCCACAAUUUUCACUGGACUUGCUUCGCUGCCAUCAUGACAUUGUUACUAUGGCCACCGUCUUUUGCUGCUCCGCUGGCUAAUUCUUCUUUGAAUUGGAUUCCCUCGACACGUGUCUCACCUGAGCCAGGCCAGUCUUUCAAAUUCCCGAUUUACGACAGACAACAUCCUGACCGCGGCGGAUUUAUUUAUCCACAUAUAGUAACACCUGCUAUUUUGAAAGCCAGCCUAAUGGUCUCACAAGACCCCGAUUACGCUUUUAUCGCGUUGAAUAAGUCCCAAGUCCCACUCAAAAGAUACAUCUACGAUUCCUCCCCCCCUUUGAACGACAGUGGCAUAUGCAACAUAAUGUUGCCGUACUUCAAGGUUACAGGGAUACAGUGGCUUGAUGCACCAGAGGGCGUUGAUAUAUGGAACCUCGACAAUUCAAGCAUGCUCGACAAUAACCCCAAUCCUGGUCAGUUUGCUGGUGUUGGCACCCUUGGAUUUUUCACUGAAACCAAAUGGAACGCCGGCCAAGCUAUUGAGUCAUACAAAGCUCAUGAAUCAGAGACCUUCGAAGGGAAACGAAACAUCUCCAUAUUCGUAGGGGAAGUAAACGUAGGCAAGCCACUCAAAGACGGAAGUAUCCCGACUAUUGAUACACCAUGCUCAAGUUACGGUGAUAUUCUUGGGGAGUUGCCGAGCGUCAGCCAAGCUUCCGUCAAUAUCUAUUUCAACAAAAAGUGGAUGGCGAAAAGAUGCUACAUGCUCGCCGAGGUGAACAUGAAAGCAGGCGCGUAUCCGAAUCGCCGCGUCAAUAUAAAACGCGUGGGUUUUUCGAACAAGAUGAGCAUGGCUGUUCCUAUUGAUGGUCCUGCAGACCUGGACCCGGUCCUCAGCCCCGACAAUGCCAUUUUGCCCGUCUUGGACAUAAUGUCAGAUGUGACGAGGAUGAUAACGUACAUGGACCUAACUCCUGGGUGGCAGAAGAACAACAGUAUCGACAACUAUGUUUCUGGAAUGCUGACGACUGCGUAUCACGCAACUUGGUCUGCAAUGCCCACGCAAAACGCUACAGAAACUGUGUCCAUCACGCCUUUGGAGCCAGUCAUUCAGGCAAGAGUGAAUAGAGGGAGAUUGUACAUCUGGUUGGCUAUGAACUCCACGCUCACUAUUGCUGGUAUUAUCCUGGCAGCCGUUUUGAAGCUUGCUGGAGAGGCAAAAAUAAUUCGCGACACUACUUUGGCAGCGAUGACUCUCGAUCUUAAGUACAUUGCACAUGAAGGUAACAACGGGCUGUGCAAUGCGGUUGGCUUGAACAAAGACGACCGUGCUCUGGGGAGAGUGAAAUGGAGCAACGACGUGGAUCCCGAGAUAAAUGGCUCGGAUGGAGAGAAAUAUGGUUACAGAUGCUGUAAGGACUUGGUCUUUGUAGAUAAGAAAUGAUUGAAUCCAUCGUUGAUCUUGAUGAACUGAAAUGGCUUUGUAUCUCAUACAGGUCAAAUUACU